AUGCCUCCCCGUCUACCGAUCCGACUCGCCCUCCCCCGGCCCUGCGCCGCGGCGGCAACCCGCCCUCUCCUCCUCCCCCUCACGGCCACCCGCGGCGUCAAGAACGGCUGGUCGACGGCUCCCCCUCGCAACAAGCACAAGCGAUUCAACCAGCCCUCGUCCGGUCUCCCCGCUCUCACCACCGGUCCUGCUGCUGCCCUCAAGCGCCGAGAGAACACGACGCCUCUCCGCACGGGUGUGCUGGCUAUCAAGAAGGGCAUGACGAGCGUCUUUGUUGGAAAGGUCCGCGUGCCGUGCACUGUUCUGCAGCUCGAUCAGGUGCAGGUCAUCGCCAAUAAGACUCGCGAGAAGAAUGGUUACUGGGCUGUGCAGAUUGGCUCUGGGUCUCGAGACGGCCGCAACGUCACCAGCCCCAUGCUGGGAUACUACGAGGCCAAGGGCAUCGCCCCCAAGGCCGACCUCGCAGAGUUCAUGGUCCGCGACCAGUCCGGCCUGUUGCCCGUCGGCGUCCAGAUCCUCCCCGACUGGUUCAAGAAGGGCCAAUACGUCGAUGUCAAGUCCCGCUCGAGGGGCAUGGGCUUCGCCGGUGGUAUGAAGCGCCACGGCUUCUCGGGUCAAGAGGCGUCGCACGGAAACUCCAAGAACCACCGCACCAUCGGUACCACGGGUCCCUCGCAGGGCAGCGGUAGCAGAGUCCUUCCCGGAAAGAAGAUGCCCGGCCGCAUGGGCAACGAGUUCGUCACGGUGCAAAACCUCAAGGUCAUGAUGGUGGACAACGAGCUGGGCGUCGUGCUGGUCAGCGGGCCCAUCGCCGGUCCCAAGGGCCGCGUCGUCCGGCUCCAGGACUCCAAGAAGCGCAAGGCGCCCCCGCAGCCGCAUCGUGAGGCCGCUCUCGCGACUCUGCUAGAAAGGAACCCGGAUCACGCCGAGAAGCUCCAGGCCGCGAGGGAGAAGCACCUGGUGCUCAAGGAGCAGAGAGAGGCGGCGCAGCUCGAGGCCUAA